AUGUUCAAUGAAAAGACCGCAAAAACAAUACUAACGGAAGGAAAGAAAGUCCUAAUUACAACAAAUACACAGAAGGAAAUAGGCAUAAUUCUAGAAAAAAAGGAAAAAGCAACGGAGUCCGCAAACACCAUUACAAUAUACAAGGUGAAAACCGCAGCAGGUCUUAUAAAAUGGGUAUCUUUGGCCGCGCUUGAAACACUUGACACUUCUAUAAUGAGCGAAGAGACAGAUCUUGAAAUUGUUUGGCCCAAGAUAACACUUUCCUCCGCAUUUCAGGAGCUUCUUGUUCAAGAGAAAGAGACAAUGCCCUUGUACAAAGAGCCUCCUGCAGUCAAUCUUUCUGCAGACGAAAUAUUCACAAUGUUCUACAACUCUGAAGUGUAUAUAAAACAGCAGUCGGUUGAGGAGAUAAAAGAGAUAUUAAAAGGAUUCAAGGAGGUAUUCCUGUACUGCGUACAUACAUGUAUUUUGUAUAAAGAGGAAAGGGCAUUCUACGAGGAGUAUUUGUACCCAAAAACAACGAAAAUUCUGCAAACGUACGGGCUUACGCAUAUUCUCCGAAUGCUUCUUAUUAUGAGGCGAGUCCAGCCUACGCUGAACUUAAGCAGAGAACACAUGGAGUACAUGGGCGAGUGCAUCAGAUCCUUUCUUUUUUUCCUGCAGAUGAACGAGUCAUCUCUUCUUGACAGCAUAAAAGAAAACCGCGACCCACAAGACGCUGCACCAGAGAACCACGUGCCCUGUGCUACUAGCUCAGAUACAAGGCAUGAUUAA